GGCUCCUGCCGCCGAGUCACAUGCUCACCUGGAGAAGGAGGAGGAGCUCGAAGUGUCUCCCAGGGCCGGGGGAUCCUCCCCGGCUCAGAUCCCCAGCUCUUCGCGGAGUAGCGGCUGCAGCAGCGGCGAAGGCAGUGGCGGCGGCGGCGUCAGGCAUAGGAGCCGCUGGGCCGGCCUGGGCUGGAUCCAACCCGAGAGGGCAGCAGACCUUAAUCGGCGCCUCCCGUUCCGCAAGACUCCAAAGCCCCGUCUGGAGGGAGGCGGAGGCGGCAGCCGCGCCGCACAAAGUUUGCGUGCUCGUCCGGAGGGCGGAUUGGGGAUCCGGCUCCAUGCUGAGCGGCAGAGCCCGGAGCCGGGCUCAGGCUGGUAGAUCCAUCGCAAUCGCAGCCUGGGGUUGUCGCCAUGGGCAGCUGCGUGGGGAGGCAACACCGAGAGCGGCCGACCACCCCGGGGCACCCGCGCAAGCGAGCAGGUCGCAAUGAACCUUUGAAGAAAGACCGUCCCAAGUGGAAGAGCGACUACCCCAUGACCGAUGGGCAGCUGCGGAGCAAACGGGACGAGUUCUGGGACACGGCGCCGGCCUUCGAGGGCCGCAAGGAGAUCUGGGAUGCUCUCAAGGCUGCUGCCUAUGCAGUGGAGGCGAAUGACCACGGGCUAGCACAGGCCAUUAUUGACGGUGCUGGAGUGACCUUGCCCCACGGCUCCCUCACCGAGUGCUAUGACGAAUUGGGUAACCGCUACCAGCUUCCAGUCUACUGCCUGGCCCCCCCUGUCAACCUGAUCAUGGAGCGGAGCGAGGAGGAGGGCGUGGAGCCCCCCGAGCCAACGCCCAACACCCGGCGCGAAUUCCCCCUCAAAGUCCGCCUCUCCACGGGCAAGGACCUGCGCCUGAGUGCCAGCAUGACAGAUACUAUCGGGCAGCUAAAGAAGCAGCUGUAUGCCCAGGAAGGACUGGAGCCCACCUGGCAGCGCUGGUUUUUCUCGGGCAAGCUCCUGACGGACAGGAGCCGCCUGCAGGAGACCAAGAUCCAGAAGGACUUUGUCAUCCAGGUCAUCAUCAACCAGCCGCCUGUGCCGAGGAACUGAGCUGGAGGCAGGUGGUGCGGCGCCCAGCCUUCAACCCAGGGACUGUGAUUGCAGGAGGCUGCUCUUGCACCUGGAGGGGGGGCAGCAGGUGGCGCCCUCGGAACCAGGGCCGGAAGGUUCCCCAGUGGCCCCUGAGAAAUUGCACACACUCACUCGCUGCAAGAGGCAGCAGACUGAGUUAACAACGCAGGUGGGCAACGUUGAAAGUGGUUUCUCCCCGUGGUUUGCCUCUCGGGGCCCUUUUGGGCCAAUUUUUUUAAACUUCCCAGAACCCCAAGGAUCGGUCCUCCCCCCUCCCAAAUUAUCCAGGCUCUGGGCUCGGCUGGCACCGAAACACAUGCCUCCCCCACCCCUUGCUCAGCUCCAUCCCGGGCGGGGCUGCCUGCACUUGAGCCUAUAUGACGGAUUGCGGAUGCUGUCUCCUUCAGGGGCUGGGCACAGCUCUUGUUGUCUGGGCACUGAGAAGCUGGAGACCAAAGCGUCCCUGACAUGAGGGACCAGGCUGGGCCCAGGGCUGCACUACGUGGGUCAAGACCCUGCCAGUUCUGGCUCCCCAUUUCCAGGCCACUGAAUGAGAGCUUGAGUAAAAUGCCGAGGUUGGCCCUCUUUGCACAAUUUCAUGGGAUGAGCCCAGCAAGGCAGCCCCUCAACCAGAUAAGGUGCAAUAGGGGGGGGGGGGAAGAUGGUUUGUAUGUAUCAGUGUAAUUUAUCAAUAAAGCCUUUUCCAACAAGCCUGGGCCUGAUU